CAAACUCUUUUCGGUAAAUUCAGCACAGCCACACUCCCGACCCAAUAUAUAUAGUCUGGCAGGAAGACAAAAGCCAAGUAGGCUAUCGCACACCGUCUUAUCUGUCAAUCAACAACCAACCAAACUUAUCUACAUCAAACAUGUCUGGCCGUGGCAAAGGUGGAAAGGGUCUUGGAAAGGGUGGUGCCAAGCGUCAUCGCAAGAUUCUUCGUGACAACAUCCAAGGGAUAACAAAGCCUGCAAUUCGUCGUCUUGCACGUCGUGGUGGUGUGAAGCGUAUCUCUGGUCUCAUCUACGAAGAGACCCGAGGUGUGUUGAAGAUCUUCCUUGAAAAUGUGAUCCGUGACUCGGUCACAUACACUGAGCAUGCUAAACGGAAAACCGUUACUGCUCUCGAUGUUGUCUAUGCUCUCAAGCGCUCAGGGCGUACUCUCUACGGUUUCGGUGCAUAACCGGUAUUGAAGCUUAUUGGUAGCUGGGUUAUGUAUGAAUGCAUCUUGUAGUGUACUGUAAUAUUAUUUGUUGUCUGGAACGAGCGGU